GAAUAUUAUCAUUAUAGCAACCCAAUCAUGCAUCAUCUCUUUCUAGCUACAAAGGUUAGCAUUUCAAUGUCAUUGUAAAUUAUGUACUAAAAAAACUCCAUUUCUCCAAAAAGGCUGAUGAGGAAUACUAAAAACGACACCGGCGAGCUCGUUCCGCUCUUAUCGGACAUAGAAUCAUCAAAAAAUGUAAAAGAAAACGGUGCAUCAUUUUUUGGGGCGGUUUUAAACAUAUCGACGACGAUGAUCGGAGCCGGAAUUAUGUCAAUUCCGGCAACAAUUAAGGUCCUUGGUAUAAUUCCUGGAUUUAUAGCAAUUCUUGUUGUUGCAUAUUUGGUAGAAGUGACAGUGGAGUUUAUGCUGAGAUAUAGCCAAUCAGGACGAGCAACGACAUAUGCUGGUCUUAUGGGUGUGUCGUUUGGUAGAGUAGGAUCACUUGCUGUCCAAAUCUGUGUGGUUAUAACCAAUCUUGGUUGUCUUAUCAUCUACUUGAUUAUAAUUGGGGAUGUGCUGUGCGGAAAUGAGUAUGGUGGAACCUUACACUUAGGCAUUCUACAACAAUGGUUCGGUAUUCAUUCGUGGAAUUCACGGCCUUAUGCUCUCCUCUUCCUAGUGCUUUUUGUGAUGCUUCCGGUGGUCUUAUUACGCCGUAUAGAUUCACUAAAGUACACUUCAGGAUUAUCUAUUUUCCUUGCAUUGUUGUUCAUAGCCAUAAGUUCAGCUAUGGCAAUAUAUGCAAUGUGGCAAGGGAAGACUCAGAAGCUUAGACUAUUCCCUGAUUUUAGCCAUGAAACCUCCAUGCUUCAUCUUUUCACCACCAUUCCUGUUUUCGUCACCGGUCUCGGAUUCCAUAUUAAUGUUCAUCCAAUCAGAGCAGAACUUAACAAGCCUUCAGAUAUGAACCCGGCAGUUAGAAUUUCCCUAAUCAUUUGCGUUACACUAUACUUCGCGAUCGGUUUUAUUGGUUACUUACUCUUCUGUGACUCAAUCAUGGCCGACAUUCUCGUAAACUUUGAUCAGAAUUCCGAUACGCAAAUCGGACGAUCACUCAACAACAUUGUCCGAUUAAGCUACGCAAUCCAUCUGGUUUUUGUAUAUCCGAUUAUGAACUUCUCAUUGAGGGCGAAUAUAGACGAAUUGCUAUUUCCGAAGAGACCUAAUUUGGCGUCGGACACUAAAAGAUUUGUGUCUCUAACAUGUGUUCUACUGGCUGUUCCUUAUAUAAUUGCUAUAGCAAUUCCAAACAUUUGGUACUUUUUUCAAUUCAUGGGAUCUACUACUCUUGUUCUUCUCUCCUUUAUUUUUCCAGGCUCGAUCAUUCUCAGGGAUGCUGAUGGCAUUUCCACAGCAAAAGAUAAGAUGAUGGCAGUCUCGGUGAUUUUGGUGGCAGUGGUGACUAGCUUCAUAACCAUAUAUACCAACCUCCAAACUUCCAACAGAUAACCAUACUUUCAUUAUCUUUCUUCAAUAAAUAUGUAUA